AGCGAUUUCGUAGAAAUGUCACAGUGUCAUUUCUGUAAAACCUGAUUUUCUUCCUUGUAUUCCCUUGCCAUUACAACGUGGGAUAUGUGAGACUAGAAGGUGUUUUCAGAUCCACCAAGCUGCCAACGGAAGACCCUGUUCACUGUAGCAGCAUACUGCGGCGACUGACACUGCCAUCAGCAUGGAUAGCAAAGCGUCUAACCCUGGGCCGAGUGCAGCUGAAGAGAAGGGUGUCCCAGGUAUACAGUCUGGUCCAGCUCAGGGGAAACUGACCCUGCGUCUGGUAGUGGCGAUAUGUGGAGCCGCUAUGGGAUCACUGCAGUUUGGCUACAACACUGGAGUCAUCAACGCCCCUGAAGCUAGGAUCAAGGAGUUCAUGAACGCCACAGUCAUGUCACGUGACGGUCAAGAGAUGGACGUGGACACUCAGACCAACCUGUUCGCCGUCCUGGUGGCAGCCUUUGCCAUCGGCGGCGCCGUCGGGGGUCUGUUGGCGGGUCUGUGGGCAGAUUACUUUGGCAGGAAGAAUGGCUCUUUGAUUAACGCCGUCAUAGGCAUUGGCGCUGCGGCUCUGUUGUACUUCAGCCGAAUGACGGCGUCCUAUGAGAUGAUCAUUGUCGGGAGGCUGGUGGUGGGAUUCAACUGUGGUCUCUACACGGCUCUUGCGCCCAUCUACCUCAGCGAGAUUGCCUCAGUCAACAUCCGGGGAGCUCUAGGUGUCUUGCAUCAGCUUUUUGUCGUUUCCGGCUUACUUAUCUCGCAGAUUCUCGGCUUUCCCGAGAUAUUCGGAAACAACCAGUCCUGGCAUGUUCUUUUAGGCUUGACGGCACUCCCUUGUGUUUUACAACUGGUUGUGAUGCCUUUCUGCCCGGAGACCCCCCGAUAUCUGCUGAUAACACAGGGCAGAGAACUGGACGCACGGAAAGUACUGGAGUCGCUACGUGGCGGCGGAGACGUGGGUGGGGAAAUCGCGGAGAUGAAGAAGGAAGCCGAACAAGCCAUGGGUGACGCUAAGAUUAGCGCCAUCAUGUUUGUUCAGGAGCGGUCUCUGCGCAUGCCCCUCAUCAUCAGUAUCGUCAUGCAUCUCUCUCAGCAACUCUCGGGCAUAAAUGUGAUCUUCUACUACUCGGGGAACCUGUUCAAGGGGGCAGGACUAGAUGAAUCCACAGCCACUCACGCCACGAGCGGGGUGGGAGCUAUCAUGGUUGCCAUGACACUCGUGACGAUUCCACUCAUGGACAGGGUUGGUCGACGGAGUCUGCAUCUGAUUGGUCUCGGCGGAAUGAUCGUGUCUAGCAUAUUGAUAACAGUAUGCCUCUCGCUUUUGGACAGAGUUGAAUGGUGCAAUGGCGCCAGCGUCGCAAUGGCUCUCAUGUUCGUCGUCUUCUUCGCAUUAGGACCAGGUUCUAUACCCUGGUUGAUCGUGGCCGAACUGUUCUCCCAAGGGGCGAGAUCGUCCGCCAUCAGUGUCUCUGUCCUCGUCAACUGGGUGGCGAACUUCUGCGUUGGUUACGGCUUCCCUCACAUGCAGAAAGGACUGAUGAGUUUUUCGUUCUUGCCCUUCACUGUUCUGCUCGUGCUGUUCUGGAUAUUCCUAGUUAUGUUCCUGCCAGAAACGAAAGGCAGAACAAUCGAGGAAAUCUCAUCAGAAUGGAAACAAGACAGAAUCACAGGACAAAGUUUCAGAUCGGAGAGCUAUUCGGUUUCUUUUAAGAAAAACACAAAUGCCAUUUAGUCAAAAUAAAUUACUCUUAAAAUAUA